AUGAAGAUUAAAAGUUCUCUCCGUGCUCUGUCGGAGAUGUUGGAGUAUCUCCUCGAGACUGCGAGAAUUUCUCCUACAGAUGGCGGAAUGGUAAAAGAUGGAUUGGGUGAGAGCGAGUGCGUCGUUUAUGUCGAGGAUGAUAUCCUCGAUCGGAUCAAUUGUGAUCUGUUCGACCGUUCCUUCCACGUCUGGAGUACGGGCUUCGGUAGGGACGGGGAGGACCGGGAGCGGUUUGUUGAGAGCUGCGAGGAAAUCUCUCUGGUGUCUGCGGUCCGCUUCUGA